AUCAGAAUCACAACAUUGAUUUUUCAAUAUCUUGCCAGUGUCUCAGGAACAUUUCCUUGCUGUCUUCCCUUAAAUGACAUUAACAGCUUUGUGACCUUCUGAAAGCAUGGAUGUGUUUAACCAGACCCCAGGGAUGGGCAUUUGGGAUUUCCGGAUUUCCCUGUGAUAAGCAGUGUGGUGAUGGGACCUCAAUGCCUAGUUUAUUAUAACACAUUCCUAGAGGGGAAACGCUGGGUCACAACGUAUGGCCAUUUUUUAAGACCCCGGAUACCCAUCAAACCGUCCUCAUGUUCAGCAGGACGGGACGUCCAAUCCGAUUCAAUUUCCUCAAGGCCCAGAAGUCUUGGUUCCUACCCCUCCCAACAGCAGCUGUGUGCCCCUGACCCCGCCUCCACAUCUGCACUAAGGCCCAAGCCAUGCUCUGGGCCUUGUGACCUGCCUGGUUCACGGGGCUCUUACCUGGGUCCACCCGGCUGAGUCAGCUGACAGGGGGCGGGGCGGGCACCACCCUUCCCAGAGCCAGAACCUGGCUGGGACAAGGGCCACCACCCUCCAGGGAGGGGAACAGACUCUCUUGGCAGUAGCCGGAAAAGGACGUUCGGCAGCAUCUGGCCGGCAGAGUGUUCCAAGGAGCAGCCAUGUCCACGCUGUACCCAUCUCUGGAGGACCUAAAGAUGGACCAAGCCAUUCAGGCCCAGGCCAGAGCUGCGCCCAGGAUGCCCGCCCUGCCAGUCUCCCAGCCUUCAGUUUUGUACCCAAGCCUGGCGGAAUUGGAAAAUUAUAUGGGUCUUUCCCUCUCCAGCCAAGAAGUCCAGCAGAACCUGCUUCAGAUUCCAGAAGGUGCUAGUAUGGUGGGCUCUGGCCCCUUGCUGGGCCAGCUGGUGGCACCGGUGUCUGGGAACAGCCAAGGUGCGCGGCGUGCAGAGAUCAAGCCUGGAAUGCGCGAGAUCCACCUGUGCAAGGACGAGCGUGGCAAGACGGGCCUGCGGCUAAAGGCCAUCGACCAGGGGCUCUUUGUGCAGCUGGUGAAGGCCAACAGCCCUGCGUCUCUCGUGGGGCUGCGCUUUGGAGAUCAGAUCCUGCAGAUUGAUGGGUGUGACUGUGCCGGCUGGAGCACAGACAGAGCCCACCGGGUGUUGAAGAGGGCAUCGGCCGAGAAGAUCGUCAUGGUCGUUCGGGACAGGCCGUUCCAGCGGACCGUCACCAUGCACAAGGACAGCACGGGCCACGUUGGCUUCGUCAUCAAGAAGGGAAAGGUCGUCUCUGUGGUCAGAGGAAGCUCCGCAGCCCGCAACGGGCUCCUCACCAACCACUCCGUGUGCGAGGUGAACGGGCAGAACGUCAUCGGGCUGAAGGACAAAGAGGUCACAGAGAUUCUGGCCACGGCCGGGAGCGUUGUCACCUUGACCAUCAUCCCCACCGUGAUCUACGAGCACAUGGUCAAAAAGUUGUCCCCGACCCUGCUCCACCACACCAUGGACCACUCGAUCCCAGAUGCCUGACGCCAGGGGAGGGCAGCGCAGCCCUCCCACCCUUCUGCAGGGGAGAGCAGCGUCCUGCAUCCUCCGGGUUCCAGGGGCCUGCUGCCGGGGGCGGGGCCGUCUGGAGGGGGCGUGUUCCACGCAGGGUCACGUGGGGCGGCCACCGAUACCGGGCCUCUGCUGAGCCUCCGACUCUGAGCUGGACUGAGGCCCACAGGCGGGGAUUCUCUGUGUGGGUUUAGAUGCCGGACACGUAGGCAGGUCGGCGCAACACUUCUUAAAGUUGCAGCUGGGGCUUUUGCAAGAUUUUCACCUCCACCAGAGACACAGUUCCACGUUUUGAGAGAACAGAACUACAUUCUUUGAGAGGAUUUUUUCUUUUUCCUGUACUUGCCGUGUGUCACAAACUGGCCAGAGUCCUAAUCCUUCACUUCUUUUGAAUAAAGAUUUCAUUUUGAACAGAA